AUGUCGGACCUCGAGCUCUUAGCUAAAAUAACUUAUUUCGAGGAACAGGCCCUUCUGAAUUCCUCGGACGACGGGCCAUAUACCGCUAACGAAAGUGUGCUUAAUCUUGAACGCGCACUGGAAGAAUCAAAACCAAUACUAGUACCUUUACUACUUAGUCAUUCGGGCAGCUUCAAUGGGCCAACACCUCGAGAAAUACAGGCACAGUUCGAAGAGCACACAGAGAGACGACGCACUUCUAAUCGGCAAAUUAAUCAAAAGUUGACUCGAUCAUCUACGGUACCACCAACUGAGCCCGCCGAGAGUAUUCAAAUCUCCAAGUCACGCAAUGGUCGUAAUGUGGGUACGAAUAGCGGCAAAAGCCGUUUAAAGAGGACGAUAUCUCUGUCCCAAAUAUUUGACAAAGAAAGUAUCCCGUUUUACAAACGCGCGGGCGCCAUCCCUCGUGAGCUCAAAAGCGGAAAAACUGUGAAGCCUGCCAAUGAUAUCAGGCUCUUCUCUGAAAGCAAGCAAUUGCUCAAAGAGAAGAUUAUCUAUUUCUACCCUAAUGAUGAUAUCUCCAUGGCACGACGAAGACGCAUACACAAGGUCAUUCAACUUGGUGCUGCAUGGGCGGACAAAUGGAGCGACAGUAUCACACACGUCAUGUUCGAUGAUGGGACUUACACAUAUACUCAAUUGGUGCAGCAUCUCGGUAGAUCAAUACCUCCAGUACGUGAACUUCAAGCUGGCAAUACAUGUAUUAAUCGUGGGGAGCUCUUAGAUCCUACCGUCUCAUACUUUGUUGCAAAAGGUGCCCAAGGGGUAGGCGGACUUGAUCAAACACCGGGAUUCUCCAAUAUAUCAAAUACGUCGCAGGGCUCGCUGAAGAUAAAAUCCCCCAAAAGAAAGAAAGCGACACAGGAGACACAGAAGACCGAUUCUCACCCCACUGAAGAAAGCGUACCUUCCACUCAUCCCUAUACAGAUGCAGCACCCUCAAGUCCUCUCGGAGAAACAGUAGAAGACAGCUUCAUCAUGUCCUCUCCAGGGGCUGCUAUAGUCCACGGAACGAUGGGUAGAGAUCAAUUUGGGGAUGCCCUGUUCCAAGCCAUCCAGGAGGCUAAGUCCCUCGCAUAUCUACCAAUUGAUGAAGAUGAAGAAGGAGAUCAGCUUAAUUCAAGAGGUGUGGACACCAUGGAGGACUCGAAAACGGAUCAAGAGCUAUUGCCAAUGGACACCGAUUAUCUCAAAAGACUCAGCGUUUUGUCGAAAGCAUCAGCGUUGCGAGACAAGAAGUUAUUCAACAUGAACAGUUUCCAAUGUAUGGAUCCAAGUGCCAGUAGCCACAUUUCAUGGAACCCCAAUGCCCGAACUAUCCAGAUACUAGAAGAAAUGUGCAAGUACUACGACAGCAUGCAGGACCAAUGGAGAAGCCUAAGCUAUCGAAAAUGCGUUGCCACACUGAAGAAACAAACGGUCAAGAUCACUACUGCAGAACAGGCCGCAAAACUCCCUUCUAUCGGUACACGCCUUGCCGCAAAAAUCGAAGAGAUCGUGCUCACAGAUCGUCUCCGACGACUCGAAAGUACCCGCCACAACCCUCAAGACGUAGCCCUACGUUUGUUCCUCGGUAUUUAUGGCGUCGGCCUUGUCCAUGCUAACAAAUGGAUCCAAGCCGGCUAUCGCACCCUCGAAGAUCUCAAGACCAAAGCCACUCUCUCUGAAAACCAGAAGAUCGGACUCGAACACUACCAUGAUUUCAACUCCCGCAUCCCACGCGCCGAAGUCGAAGCCCACGGCGCCACUGUCGCCGCCGCACUCAAGGAAAUCGACCCGGAAUUCAGUGCAACGAUAAUGGGAAGCUACCGCCGCGGAGCACAGGACUCAGGCGACAUCGAUAUCAUGCUAUCACGACCCAACAUGUCACCUACCGCUAUGAGCACUACCGUUUUUGAAGUCCUCAUCCCACAUCUCUUCAAGACGGGCUUUCUCAAAGCCUCGCUAAUAGCGUCCCGUUAUAGCGACUCUAGCAGCUUAAAAUGGCACGGUGCAUCCUGUAUCCCUUCCUCCACCGUCUGGCGCAGAAUAGAUUUCUUGGUCGUUCCGGAGCAGGAAACGGGUGCCGCGCUGCUGUAUUUUACGGGUGAUGAUGUCUUCAAUAGGAGUAUGAGGCUAUUGGCAAGGAAGAAGGGUAUGAAGCUUAAUCAGAGGGGGUUGUAUACGGAUGUUUUGAGAGGGAGGAAAGGGGAAAAGUUGAACGAUGGGGUGUUGAUUGAGGGGAGGAGUGAGAGGAGGAUCUUUGAGAUUUUGGGCGUGCCGUGGAAGGAGCCGAGUGAGCGGAUUUGUUAG